AUGGAGGGCGGAUACCAAUCGCUCGAUAUUUUGCUGAGAUUAUUUCUGCUGGAUUGUUAUAUCAACAUCGCUGGUUGGGCAGUGUCCGCUGUGGCUAAAACACACAAGACCUACGAUCUCGUUGGAUCGAUCGCUUACUUGACUUGCUGUGCUCUUUCGCUUUAUCACUCCGACUUGACGGUUAUGAACAUCGUCCAGAGCAGCUGUAUCAUGCUCUGGGCAUUCCGCCUCGGCUCGUAUUUGUUCUACAGAGCAAUCAAACGCGGCGACGCUAGAAUGGAAAAGUACGACAACGCACCAAUCGCUUUUCUUGUCCCUUUUAUUCUUCAAAUCAUAUGGGUCUUCGUCAUGUCCUGCCCGACGUAUUUGGCUAAUCGGACUCCGCAAACGGAAGUAACUCCGUAUUCUUACGUUGGAUGGGCGAUUUUUCUUGUUGGGUUCAUUUUCGAAGCUGUUUCCGAUUUUCAGAAGGCGAGAUUUCUGAAUGACGAAUCUAAACGAGGUCAAUUCAUCAAAACCGGCUUAUGGAGCAUCUCCCGCCACCCGAACUACUUUGGUGAAGUCCUGCUUUGGAGUGGCCUCUACGUUUCCGCUGCUGGGUCGUUCACCUACUGGCCUGAAUUUCUUUCCGGCUUGUCUAUUUUCUUCAUUUAUGGACUUCUACGAUUCGUUUCCGGAAUCCCGAUGUUGGAGGAAAAUGGAAGAAGAAAGUGGGGAGAAACGUUGGAAUACCAGCAGUACUGUGAGAAAGUACCGGUUUUUGUCCCCUUUGUGCCAAUUUAUAAAUAA